AUGGGAGGAGCUGUACAGACCGUCAAGAUGCCUUCCAAGGCCGCGACCGUCAAAGAUGUAGACCUGAGCCAAAUCUACUCGGAAAGUGCAUUAGCGAAGGUCGUGCAAGUUGCACAACGGGGCCUAAAGCAAGAGGCUCCCUUGCCAUCGUAUCCACACACCGUACCUCAAGUAGGCCCAGACGCAGGAAGAUACGAAGAGCGAGAGGCAGACUUCUGGACAUGUGGAUUCUUCCCAGGAUGUAUAUACGCGCUCCUCGAACGUUCGAUACGAUACCCACAGGCCAUUGAUGUCCCAGAGCAUAUCCGACCACAGAUCCAAGACCAGCUGUUGAAGCUAGGAAGACACUAUGGCGUUGCUAUCAAUCAAAUGUCAGGUCGAACGGAUACUCACGAUAUGGGUUUUAUCGUCCAGCCUGCGUUACAGAAGGACUGGGAGUUGACUGGCAACAAAGAGAGCUUACAGUCCGUCAUCAAUGCGGCGCAUGCGCUCGCAUCACGGUACGAUGACCGCGUGAAAGCAAUCAGGAGUUGGGAUGUUGCAAUUAAUGAUCGUUACUCAAUCACGGAUAUGUCGACAAACUUCCUCGUCAUUAUAGAUAGCAUGUGCAAUCUCGACCUCCUGUACUUCGUCGGCCACAUUCAGAAUGAUCAAUCCCUAAUCGACAUCGCAACUCAGCACGCCGACUCCAUCAUCCAUGAAAUCUUACGUCCAGACUUCUCCUCCUACCACCUCGUAAACUUUGACCCGCGCACCGGUCUACCACAAGCCAAGAUGACGAACCAAGGUUGGAAAGACGACUCGACAUGGAGCCGCGGUCAGGCCUGGGCGAUAAUGGGUUUCGCGCAGACAUACUCGUGGACGAAGGAUGUGAAAUACCUAUCGACAGCCAUCAAAUGUGCAGAGUACUUUCUACGGCGGUUGCAAGAGGGCGAGGGAAAGUGGCACCACCCCAUGGUCCCAUGUUGGGAUUUUGAUGCGCCUCAAGAUAACCCGGAGGAGCCAUUGCGCGACGUAUCCGCAGGCGUUAUAACAGCCAAUGGCCUUCUCAUCAUCCACCAAGCACUCCAGUCUCUCUCUUCUGCCGCCGCGUCUCAGCACUCCAUCAACGCUGAUACUAAUUUCCUCGACAUCGCGCUCCAGAUCGUCUCCCAGACACUAGACAUGUCCUAUGACUCCGAUCUAGCGUCUUUUGAAAACCCCACUAAGGCCAUCAUGAACGGGAAUGGCGUUAAUAGUGGUGCGGCAGUAUCAGGGUUGAAGAUCAAGGAAACGCGGUUCGAGUGUAUACUGAGGAAUAGUACGACGAACUGGAAUGAGCAUGCGCAUAAAAAGUAUGCGGAUCAUGGGUUAGUGUAUGCAGAUUACUAUGUUUUAGAGUUUGGGAAUAAGCUGUUGAGGGCGGGGUUACUUUGA